AUGGCACACGAUCCUUCUAGCAUGAGACCGUAUGGCUCCACUCGGGAUCUCACCCAUCGUCUUGUUGCAAACUGGCUACAGAAGCAAGGUCAGUCAGCAAUCGUGCUGAUCUUCGAACCCCCACAUCCACUCGUCGACCUAAUCGCAGCUCCAUCCCAAACCCCUCAACAGGCUACAGCGACACGCUGACCCGCCUAUCCAACGAAAGUGAGGUGCCCAUCCCCCGCCUGCUCAACGACAAGCGCUACACGCUCGACCCCCUCCUGACCGACCUGAUCGAAGACCAUCUCCAUCGUCUCGUCGCCCAAACCGCAAACCAAGUCGAUGCGAUCCCCUUCAAAACUGAACUGGCUCAACUGGUUGGAUCGAUUCCCAAGUUACGGCUCCCGAAUAGGUUGACGACGCCGAUUAGGGAUCUGGCGAAUUUUUUGACGGUGCAAGAUGGGUUAUGGCCGAGGAGGAGGUGGGAUUCAGAGACGUUGAGCUUCAAGAGGUACUACGAUGCUCACUUUCGGUCUUGGUCUUGGAGAAGUGCACUGCAUAUGCUUACUUGCAGUCUCUCAACUUCAACAGCGAAUGGAUCCCCAGCAUCUACACCACCUCAGUGGACUCGCUCAAGAUUCUCAACCGCUCCGACGCUUCCCUCCUCGACACCCUCUCCCUCCCCUCCCCCAUCAUCUCCUUCGCCCUACACCCCCAACACCGCCGAAUAGGUCUCUUCUCAACCAUGCAAGGUUCGACCCACCUCAUCGAUCUCGUCACGCGAAAAGUCAAGCAAGUGUUGAGGGAUCAUACCAAAUACGUCGUCGGAACCUUGUUCGAUUCCGAUCAGGGUAAAUGGGCCAUGACGUGGGCGAGGGACAACUCCCUUCGAAUUUACGAGCUGGAAUAUACCCAAGGCGAAGCGGAAGAGAUCCUUUUGGAAGGGGAGGAGCGCGACGAGUUCGCUUCCGAACCUGAAGUACGCUUGAUCGAACGACAUGUCGUUCAUACGGUCACCAAUCCCGAAGCGGCGAUCUUUUUACCCGGUGCGACUCAUUUCGUUUAUACGGCGAGGGAUGAUCAUCUCUUGCACGAAGUCGUCUUACCGCAAACAGAGGACGAAAGCAAGGCUUGGAGUACGAACAGGAUCAACCUGAAUGAGAACGGUGAUGAUUGGUGUUCUUUUUCCAUGCAAGUUCUUCCUUUCCCCCCCCCCCCCCCAAACCCUGUCCCCGAAAGAAACCUUACUAACUCCCCCGCUAUUCCACCGUACCCAGUCUCCAAAUAACGCUCCACCCAACGCUCCCUCUCCUAUCCCUCCAAACCUCCACUGAAAAUGCUCGCAUACUUCUCUACCCAUUCCACUCCCCGCAUCGACUCGCGACCUUGCAUACGCAAGCGAUCCAAACCGAUUAUUUUCAACCCAAGCACGCUUGGUUACCCUCUGGGAACGCGGUCGUCGUUACUAGUGAGGAUGGGAUUUUGAGGAUCGUUGGAAUUGGUGGUAGGUUGAUUAAGGAGGUCGCGGCGCAUGGGGCGGCCGUUCUUGAUGAGGAGGAGGAGGAUGGGUUGGAGCUUUCGGAAAAAGCACACGUGAGAAGGGAUAAAAUCAAAGGUAGUUCGGUAAUUAAAGGGGUGACGUGUGUGGAGGAUGGGGACGGUUUGAGUAUUUGGAGUUGUGGAUUCGAUAAGACGGUCAAGAGGAUACAUUAA